CGUGUGGUUAUUGGAAGAAGCUCGUGUCACGUGACCAGAAACGUCAAGGAUUCAAUGGCAGCCUACUGUUUUGUAAAUUAACACAAGGGACAGCUGCAUAAAAUAGUGUUUUAAACGACACAAUUGAAUUUCUAAGACGCUGCCAUGUCUCCCAAGAUCACGGUGGAGCUGCUGCGGCAGCUACGGCAAGCCAUGAGGAACACCAAGUACAUUGCUGAGCCCAUCCAGGCCUACAUUGUCCCCUCUGGAGACGCACACCAGAGUGAAUACAUCGCACCAUGUGACUGCAGACGUGAAUUCAUCUGUGGCUUCAAUGGCUCCGCAGGCACGGCCAUAGUAACAGAGAAGCAUGCGGCCAUGUGGACAGACGGACGGUAUUUCCUCCAGGCCAGCCAGCAGAUGGACAACAACUGGACCCUCAUGAAGAUGGGUCUGAAGGAGACACUUAGCCAGGAGGACUGGCUGAUCAGUGUGCUGCCUGAGAACUCGACAGUAGGAGUGGACCCCUGGAUCAUUGCUGCUGACCAGUGGAAGAACAUGUCUAAGGCCCUGGCCAGUGCAGGUCACUCCCUGGUGGCUGUUCAGGACAACCUGAUAGAUGCCAUCUGGAUGGACCGUCCAACCAGACCCUCCACUCAGCUCCUCACCCUGGGCCUGGGGUUCACGGGUCUGACCUGGCAGGACAAGAUGACCGCUCUGAGAUCCAAGAUGGCCGAGAGGAAGAUCUCUUGGUUCGUUGCCACGGCGCUGGAUGAGAUUGCAUGGCUGUUCAACCUCCGUGGCUCUGACAUCGAGUACAACCCUGUUUUCUUUGCGUACGCCAUCGUUGGAAUGAACACAAUCAGGCUCUUCAUGGACAUCAAGCGUCUGGCCGUGCCGACGGUGAGGGAGCACCUUCAGCUGGACACGCCCUCCAAGGUGGAGCUUAGCAUCCAGACUGCCCCCUAUGAGUCUGUGUUCACAGAGCUGCAGGCUGUGUGUGCCUCCCUGGGGCCCAAGGAGAAGGUGUGGAUCAGCGACAAAGCCAGCUGCGCCCUCACGCAGGUCAUCCCCAAGGCCCACCGGUCUCCUAUCCCCUACACUCCUCUCUGCCUCGCCAAAGCUGUCAAGAACGCCACCGAGAUUCAAGGGAUGAAAAUGGCCCAUAUCAAGGAUGCUGUCGCCCUUUGUGAGCUCUUCGCUUGGUUGGAAAAAGAGAUUCCAAAAGGCACAGUGACUGAGAUAUCCGCAGCAGAUAAGGCCGAGGAGUUACGCAGCCAACAGAAAGACUUUGUCGGACUCAGCUUCCCAUCUAUUUCCAGUGUUGGACCAAACGGAGCAAUCAUUCAUUACAGACCCCUCCCUGAAACCAACAGAACUCUCUCUCUAAAUGAAAUCUACCUCCUCGACUCUGGAGCCCAGUAUAUUGAUGGAACAACAGACGUCACCCGCACCAUGCACUUUGGAUCCCCCUCUGCUUAUGAGAAGGAAACCUUCACCUAUGUUCUGAAGGGACAUAUAGCUGUCAGCGCUGCCAUUUUCCCCAACGGAACCAAAGGCCACCUGCUGGACUCGUUUGCCCGCCAGGCGCUGUGGGAGUCUGGGCUGGACUACCUUCAUGGUACGGGCCACGGGGUGGGAUGUUUCCUCAAUGUCCACGAGGGACCCUGUGGGAUCUCCUACAAGACCUUCGCCGACGAGCCCCUGGAGGCAGGCAUGAUUGUCAGCGAUGAACCUGGGUACUAUGAGGACGGCUUGUUUGGCAUUCGAAUUGAAAACGUUGUUCUGGUGGUGCCAACAAAACCCAAGUACAACUACAGGAACAAGGGCAGUUUGACGUUUGAGCCUCUCACUCUGGUCCCCAUCCAAGCCAAGAUGGUAAACACAGAUCUUCUCACCCAGAAAGAGCGUGAUUGGGUGAACGAGUACCACAGGCAGUGCCGGGAGACAAUUGGAGCAGAGCUGGAGAGGCAGGGCCGCAAGGAGGCCAUGGAUUGGCUGAUCAGGGAAACCCAGCCAAUCGCCUGAAGGCUAUUCUAUGACUGACUCAUAUUUAAUUCAAUUGUAUUGCCCAGGAGUACAAUUGAUUGAUCAAUUGAUUGCUCAUCUCAGCAGUGAUGAUAACCUUUUCUUUUGAUAUUUUCUCUGAGAAGCUACUAUCUAUGGUUCUGGUCUCUGUGUAUUUCACGCUAUGCUUCUUUUCUAAAGCAUCAUCACCAUCCAUGUCUGAACUGUUUUAUGGCGAUUCAAUAAAUAUCCAAGUGUGGAAAAAAGGA